AUGUCAUCAUCCGAUCGCAUUUUCGAAGGCGUGAUGGGUACGGUAUGGUUCUAUUCCAUGCCUAGCUGAACUCCGCUCUACUAACGCUUGCACCAUACAGCCAUCAACAAGCCAUCCGGCAUAACCUCAGCGCAAGUCAUCCGCGAUGCACAGAAACAUUUCAAUCCCUCCAAGCUCUUCCAACCUUGGCUCGCCCGCGAACAGGCAAAACGAGAUGCCGAAUCGGGAAAUCAAAAGCAGAAGCGAAGAUGGCGUGGCAGACGCGAGACGAGCGUCAAGAUGGGUCACGGCGGUACCCUGGACCCAAUGGCUACUGGAGUCCUGAUCCUCGGCAUAGGAAGCGGAACCAAGCAAUUGAACCACUUCACCACCGAGUGCACGAAAUCUUAUGAGACCACCGUGCUUUUUGGCGCCGCAACAGAUUCAUACGACACAGAGGGCAAGAUUGUGGGGCGAAAGCCGUAUGAGCACAUUACCAAAGAGAUGGUCGAGGAGGCACUUCAAAGGUUUAAAGGGAAAGGCAUGCAGAAGCCGCCCAUCUUCUCGGCGAUCAGGGUGCAGGGCAAGAGGCUGUACGAAUACGCCAGGGAGGGAAAAGAAGUACCUGUCGAGAUUGAGCAGCGACCUGUGGAAGUUUCGGAGCUGGAGAUGACUGAAUGGUAUGAAGGCGGGACUCACAAAUGGCACUGGCCGAAGGAGGAGGCCGAUACAGCCCAAAAGACUGUUGCUCAAAAGGUGCUUCACAUCGGUGGAGAUGACGAAGACCCGAUCGAAGCAGGGGACGCAGAAGCUCCUGCGGCCGCCAAGAGAAAGCGGGUUGACCAGGAUGAAAAUGGACCAGCGCCAAAGAAGCCGAAAGAAGAGUCGAGCGCACAUCAGACUACACCUGACAACGCGCCAGAACCAGCUCCUUCAGACGUAGCCAAAGAUGGAGAAGCUAGUCCGGAGCCUAUUGCCAAGCCGAUUGCUGAGCAGUCCGCUGACGCUCCAGUGAAGCCGGAUAACGAGGGCCAUUUAGAGAAAGCCUCUGAGCAGCAAGACCCGAAGCAAGACCAGACAGCACCCGAUCGAUCACCCUGCCCAGCUCCUGCAUGCAGAAUACGCAUGACAGUGACUUCUGGCUUCUACGUGCGCUCACUGUGCCAUGACUUGGGCGCAGCUUUGGGCUCAUUAGGAAUCAUGGCAAGUCUGGUGCGAACACGACAAGGCGACUUUGAGCUUGGGAAGAAUGUGCUUCAGUACGAGGAGCUACAGCAAGGGGAGGACGCCUGGGCACCGAGGGUACAGGAAAUGCUCGAGCAGUCUGCCAACAGGGAUAGGGAAUGA